GCGUAACGAGCGUCAGUCUGGAUUCAGAUUCAGCGUUUGGUUCCUUCUCGGCGAGUUCACUUUGUCGAGUUUCAGCAGCCAGAACACUUCCUGUUUUUGCGCCCACAGGUUUUUUCUCAAUCUUCUCAGACAACCAUCUCUGAGGAAUAACAUCUGGAUUAAUCUAAGUGAUGAUGGAUUCACGGAUUUGUCUCUCUGCUUUGCUGCUCCUCUUCGGUUUGGCGACAGUUUUGGCUCAGUCUUCCUCACCUAGUCAAGUAUGUGAGCAGAAGAACGGGACAAGCUGCGAGGAAUGUCUGCGAAAUGUGACGUGCCUGUGGUGCAUCACAACCAAGUCGUGUGUGACAUACCCGGUGAAGACCAUCCUUCCACCUCAUGCACUCUGUCCGCUGAAUGAUGCACGCUGGGGCCUCUGCUGGAUGAAUUUCCAGGCGUUGAUAAUCACCCUGGCAGUAGUUGGUGGAAUUAUCAUCAUCGCCUUCCUGAUCUGCCUGUUCUGCUGCUGCAAGUGUGAGAACUUUGGAUCCAAAAGGUUCGAUGCCAAGAUGCAAAGACAGGCCAAUAAGACGCAAACCAAGCAGGAAGAAAGGAGAGCAGAAAUGAAAAUGAGACAUGACGAUAUCAGGAAGAAAUAUGGUCUAAGUGGGCAAAAUCCGUACUCCAAAUUUGCAUGAGAGGAUCUGAACUGAGAUUUUACACCACGACCCGUCUGUUUUCCCCUGAACUCUGACCUCUCACGCAACAGACAUCAACAACCUGUCAUGCAGUCGUGAAAGUAGACGUGAGAAUUAAUGUCAACUAUAACUAAAACAUUUUCAGAAAGGCGACAGUAGUUUUGUAUAGGCAGUCUCGUCUGGCUUCUUCCAGCCAAUGAACAGGAAUGUUGUGUUCAAUGUGAUGACCUAAGAGGCUGUAACCAAAAGCUAGAAUAGACACGUAGCAGCAUUGUUCUUCAAGACUAUAACAGUAUGUCCUGUGGCUCUUAUAGCAUCAGGCUACUUAUUCUAUUUAUUAGGUUAACUCUUACGUUUUAUUGUACAGAAUGGAAAAGAAUCCAGUUUGGUUGCUGAACAAAUCUUUUUUUUUUCUCUCAAGAAAAUCUGUUGCAUUUGCAAAUGUUCAGAUUUAAUCUGUUCUGCUCCUCUGAGCUGCUGCUGAUUUAGAGAUAGAGUUAGAAAAUGAAAGCCUAUUUUUGUACAUUGUGUGAUUUCUUCUCUUGUUUCAAAUUGACUCAUUUGUAUUGUGUUAUUGCUGUAUGUUCCACUGACAGAAAUGAUUUUAAGGUAUCAGGUUUGGUCAAAAUUAAAUCUUCACUCUUGCAUCUAGAAUUUAUAAAGUAAUCAUUAACUUAAGUUGAAUGUGUUGAUCCUCAAGUUGGAUUUAAGUCUGCGUAAUUAUACAUUUGCCUGUAUAUCCUGUAUAGACACACAAGCCAAAUAAAAAACCAUGGACUAAAAAUGAAUUCCUUCAGUGGCGCUUUACUUUUAUUGUUUGGCCUGUAGCCUAUUGUGCUUUUAUUAAAACCACAACUGUUGCCUUAUA